AUGAAUAUCUUAAAUCAAAAAUAAGUUCAGGAAAAAUAAGAAACAAUAUGUAAAAUUCAUAAUCUAGAAUUGAUCGCUGUUGAUUUUGACUUAUCAGAUAAAUCACAGAUUUAAUUCUUUUGUGGUAAAUGUUUAGUUGAGAAAAUGAAUAACAAUAAAGUGGCAACUAUUGAAUAAUCAAAAGAAAGAAUAUAAUUAGUGAAGGCUUAAUAAAGAGAUAUAAAAACUAAAGAGAAUCAAGCAAGAUUAAGCUAUUAUAAAAAUAUAUUAGAUUAAAUUAUGAAUUUCAAAUAAUCAAUAGAUGAUUCUUUGGAGAAAAUGUACAAAUAAAUAUAAUAAUAUAUAUUUCCAAUUUAAAAAGAAAAAUAAGAUUUAUAAGAAUGUGAAUAACAAUUAAAUUACUUUGAAGACAUAAAAUAAUUAUCUGAAUUAUAUUCUUAAGAGUAAUAGAAAUCGCCUAAAUUAAUAGAGGAUAAUCAUUUCAUCAGUGAAAUAUAAAGAUAAUUUGAACUAUUAUUCAAUAGUUCUGAAUACUUUUAGACAUUAGAUACUUUUAAAAAUACAAAAGAAACAAUUAAAGAAAUAAUGGAAAAUAAUGUUAUUGAGUCAAUUCCUUAAUUUACAAAAAAAAAUGAUUAUGUAUAUUCUAUUUAAUAUUUAUAGAAAACACCAAGUUUAAGUAGAAUAUGUAGUAAUCAUAAAAAGGAAAUUAUUAUGAUUGAUAUGGAUUCAUCAACUAAUAAAAUUGAAGAUAGAUUUGCAUGUGUUGACUGUAUAUCUGAAAAUCCAUAAAUAAAAUAUUAAACCAUUGAAAAUGUGGAUAAGUAUUGGAAGGAAUACAACACAGAAACUGAAAGGCUAUUUAUAAAAUAUAAAAAUGAAAGCAAAGAAAAAAAGUCUGAAUUAUUCAAUUAAUUAGCUCAUAUGAGAAAGAAUUAUAAUAAAAAAUUGAAUGAAAUUAGCGAUAAAUUGAUUACAGAAUAAUUCUUAUCCAUUGAUAAAACUAUACAAUCAAAUUAAAUAAAAAAGAUUUCUAUUUAAGCAUUAGAAGAUGAAUAAUUAUUGAAAGAUUUGAAGUAAUUAAUUGAAAAGGAAAAAGAAAAAGUUUCAUAAAGUUAAAUAAUUACAAACUUAAAAAAUAAGGAUUAGAUUUUCAAAAAGGAUAUUUAGUAUCAUUUAGAAUCUUUGCAAUAAUAUGAUUAAUAGGAUAUUUAAUAAUCAUUGGAUAUUCUAAAAGAUAUGUCAAGUAUUAAAUUAAAUAAUUUUUAAUAGUUGAAAAAAAUCUAAUUAUCUAGCUGAUUGAUAUGAUCUAAGAUAUGUAAACAUGUGCAUAAAAGGAUGAAAACUAUAAAAAUCAAAUUAAUUUUAUGAAAGAAAUAUAAGAAUUGAUUGAUUAGGCUUAAAAAUAUCAAUGCCAAUUAAAUCUAUUUGAUUAAACUAUUACGAUUUAUUAAUAGCAUGUUUAGAAGAUAGAAUACAUUUAAUAAAACUUAUAGAUUAAAUCUUAAGAUUAAACAAUAAAAUCCGAAAAAUUAAAGACUUAAUAUUCUAAACUAUCAAAUAUUUUGAAUGAAUAUUCAAAUACAUUUGAUACUAAUAGUGAAUAAUUGAAAAAAUAUUGUACCAUUAAAUAAUUAGAGAAUGACAUAAUAAAAUUAAAUGAAGCUAAUAAAAAAUUAGAAAUUGAAAGUAAUGCUUCAUAAUAUUGAAUAGAAAAUAAUUAUAUUAGUUCGAAGGAACAAUAAUUUGAGUAAAAACUUAGUGAGAUAAAUGGAAAGUUAUAAUUAAAGGAAAAAGAAUAAAAGGAUAUGAAAGAAUAAUAUGAAUUAGAUAAGAUGACAAUGAUGAAGAAAUUGGAAGAUGAAUGUAAUGAUUUUGAUUUUAUUCCUUAGAAAACAAAUUAAAAUAGGAAUUUAAUCAAAAUUUAAAUUAAAAAGAAUCAGAAUUAAAAGAAGCAUUAAGUAAACUUGAUUAAAUUAAUAAAAUUAAGUUAGAAUAAGAAAAAUAAAAUAAAAUGGAAUUAUAAAAAGUAUUAUUAUAAUCAAUUUAUUAUAUUAUUUUUAGAUUCAAUAAUAUAAUAAAUCAUUAUCAUUUUCAAAUACUUU